AUGUACGCUGUCGAGCAGGAAAGGGCUCAUCCGGUGCCGCCGCCGCCGCCGCCCCUCUCAAUGGACCGCAUUUCUGCUCCGUCCGCCGCGUAUCCCACCCCAGGGACCGGCCCGCUACGCUCGUCCGACCACCUCGCGCCCAUCGCCACGAUCCACGAAGGCCGCAUCUGGUCCCUCCAGGUCGUCCAGCAGCCCAUCCGCGCUCGUAUGUGUGGCUUCGGCGAUAAAGAUCGAAGACCGAUCACGCCGCCACCCUGUAUUCGCCUGAUUGUGCGAGAUGCACAGACUGAGAAGGAGAUUGAUAUCAAUGAAAUCGAUACCUCCUUCUAUGUGCUCACCGUCGACUUGUGGGACGCCGAUGGCUCCCGAGAGGUCAACCUCGUCAAGCACUCCGCCACCUCCCCCUCCAUUUCAACCGCCAUGUCCUCCUCCUACCCGCCCCCGCCCCAGACGCCCACAUAUCCGUCCGCCGCCUACGGCCAAAGUCCUUAUGGAGCUUCCGUGGGAUAUCCCCCCAUGAACAACUAUUACGGUGCCCAGCAGAUGGCAUACCAAAACCCAUACGGCCAGCCUGUCGGCUACCCUCCACAAUACGGUUAUCCCCAAGGGGGUCAGAUGCCCGCCGCCAUGUCCCCUGCCCAGCCUGUCUCAGGUGGUCCGGGAGGCAUGUUUACCCGCAAUCUGAUCGGAAGCCUUAGCGCCAGCGCUUUCCGACUGACGGACCCCGACAAUAAGAUCGGUGUGUGGUUUAUCCUCCAGGACCUCAGCGUGCGCACAGAGGGGACUUUCCGCCUUAAAAUGAGUUUUGUCAACGUGGGAACCCAGUCCACCGAAACUAGCAACGGAGCCCCGGUGAUUAACCACGGUUCCGCACCCGUUCUCGCCUCUGUCUUCAGCGAGCCCUUCCAGGUUUUCUCCGCCAAGAAGUUCCCCGGCGUGAUCGAAAGCACCCAGCUCAGCAAGUGCUUUGCCUUGCAAGGAAUUAAAAUCCCAAUCCGCAAGGACGGUGUCAAGGGACCUCGUGGGCGCGGAGGCGAUGGUGAUGAUGACGACGAGGGCGACUACUAG